AUGAGGGAUCCUGUUAUUGUGGCCACAGGGCAGACAUACGAGAGAUCUUACAUACAGAGAUGGAUAGAUUGUGGCAACACAUCAUGCCCAAAUACUCAACAGAAACUCCAAAAUUUCACUCUAACCCCAAAUUACGUCUUGAGAAGUUUAAUUACUCAGUGGUGCACGAAUCACAAUAUUGAGCAACCAACGAUAUUGACAAAUGGGAAGAUAAAGAAGAGUGAUGGGUCAUUCCGUGAUAUUAGUGGGGACAUAGCAGCCAUUGAAGCUCUUGUUCGGAAGCUUUCAAGCUUGUUAAUUGAGGAACGCAGGGCUGCAGUGUCUGAAAUCCGAUCACUAUCUAAGAGAAGCACAGAUAACAGGAUAAUAAUUGGGGAAGCUGGAGCUAUUCCAAUUCUGGUUGACUUAUUGACAUCUGAAGACAUUUUAACAAGAGAAAUUGCUGUCACCUCCAUUCUCAACCUGUCUAUACAUGAGAUUAACAAGGAGCUCAUAAUGCUUGCUGGUGCCAUUCCUUCUAUUGUCCAAGUCCUCAAAGCUGGAAGCGUUGAAGCAAGAGAGAAUGCAGCAGCAACCCUUUUUAGCUUGUCAGUUCCAAAAGAGAACAAAAUUAUAAUCGGUGAAUCAGGAGCAAUACCAGCUUUGGUAGAAUUUCUACAGGAGGGAAGCAUGCGAGGGAAGAAAGAUGCUGCAGCAGCACUGUUUAGUCUGUGUAUUUAUCCGCGGAACAAGGGUAGGGCUGUCAGGGCGGGGAUUAUUAUGGCAUUACUGAAAAUGCUCACAGAUUCAAGCAGGUGCAUGGUGGAUGAAUCUCUGGCACUACUCUCAAUUCUUGCUAACCACCCAGAGGCUAAGGUUGCUAUUGCAAAAGCUAGUUCCAUUCCUUUCUUGAUAGAUCAUAUGAGGAUAGGCCUGCCCCGCAACAAAGAGAAUGCAGCUGCCAUUUUACAUUCCCUGUGCAAGAGAGAUACUGAGAAUAUUGCUUGUAUAAGUAGGCUUGGUGCAGUCAUACCCCUGACUGAGCUUUCCAAGAGUGGCACAGACAGGGCCAGGCGGAAGGCUACUUCAUUGUUAGAGCAUCUCCGAAAGUCACAACAGCUCUAA